AUGAAGUCAGACAUGCAGAACACUUCAGUGCUUAAAGAGGGAUUUCUGGUUAAGAGGGGUCACAUAGUUCAUAACUGGAAGGUGCGAUGGUUUGUACUGCGAGCAGACAAGCUGCUUUAUUACAGAUAUGAAGCAGGAAAACGGGACUCGUGCCACAGAGGGAGCAUCCCUUUAAACAGCUGUGAAAUCACCUGUCCAUACCUGGAAUAUGAAAACAGACCGCUGGUCCUGAGACUAAAGACCAAAUCUAUGGAGGAGUACUUUUUAGAGGCCUCUUCUAGGGAGGAGCGUGAUGAAUGGGCUGCAGAGAUCAGUGCAGCCGCUCAAAAACUCCAGCCUGGUGAUGCUAAAUCUCUUCCACUAUCUGUGCGUAAACCUUCACAAUCGCUGCAGCCACACAGCAUUAACCUCAGUGAGGUGGUGGAUGCCAUGUACGACCUUCAUAGCGGUAUUAAGAUGAGCAGCCAUGUAGAGCAGGGUAGCACUUACAUCAACUGCUUUUCAGGAUCAGCAGUGGUUGACUGGUUGGUGUUCUCUCAGUUAGCAAUGACUCGGAUGGAGGCCGUUACGCUGGCGUCAACUCUGCUUGAUGAAGGCUGUGUAAGAGCUGUUGGAGUUAAAAGUGUAGCUGCUGUGAGAAACGCCGCUCUGGGUGAACAGUUCCUCGACGACUCCACCGCUCUCUACAGCUUUGCUGAGGGUUUGAGGAAACGAGGGAGUGUAAAGGCGGAGAAGUCUUUAUCUGCUGUCGAGCUAAGUGGCAGGGUGCAGAAGAGAGGCUACCUCGUCAAACAGGGGCAUAAAGUAAAGAACUGGAAGGUGCGAUUGUUCGUGUUGAGGUCGGAGCCUGGCUUCCUGCACUACUACGACCCAAGCAAGGAUGACAUCAGUCCGACGGGCGGGUUUGCUUUACGUGGCUGUCUGGUUUCUUCACUAGAUGAUAAUGGCAUACCCUCAGGUGUGAAGGGGAAAGUCCAAGGGAAUUUAUUUAAGAUCAUCACCCAGACAGACAAACAUUACUUCAUUCAAGCACCCACGCACCAGGAGAAGAUGGAGUGGAUCGAGGCCAUCAAGCGCUACACCUGA